UCCAAUUUUUGUUGACUAGCUGUAGCUAGUGCGACUAAUAUACACAUUCUCAAGUGAACAGAAUGGUAGUAGUCAAGAGUUGAAUCAUAACUAUAGUUCAUCAGAUCUUUCCGAGAGGUCCAAAAAAUUGAGAUGACAGACACUGCGGCAGAUUUUCUGUUGGAGUACUUGAUGCAGCUCAUAAACUGUGACAACAAAUUGAUUGUAAAAGUAUACGAGGCCAAACUCAUUGAGAAGGAUCAAAUCGAAUGGGUUUAUGAGGCGAUGCAGUUCCUGAGGAUAUUUCUCAAGGAUGCAGAGGACAUGCGAAACAAGCAUGACAAGAAAAAGGUGCAAGAAGUUGUGGCAAAAAUUAGAGAUGUGAUUCAUGAGGUUGAAGUUAUCAUAGAUUCGUGCCUACUCGAUGCUGCUGUCACACCGGAGGACACAGAAAAUUUCGAAUUUCAAGUGUCGAGGAGGACACACAAAAUUUCGAAUUUGGAUGCUGCUAUCACACUGGAGGAGGACACAGCAAAUUUCGAAUUUCAAGUUUCUGAGGAAACAUUGGCACGGGAUGAGGAAACACUACACGUAACUAUGGAUUUGGGACCUAUAGAAAAACAGGUAUGUAUUUGCAAAUUCAUUUCCCAGAUGAUGAUGAAAAUCCGGAUAUUCGUCUCCCAAAUGUUGACGACGAAAGCCAAAUUGUGUCCACAAGACUUGGAAAUUCGACCUGAUCCCGAAUUGCGUCCAGAAGAGUUGGAAAUUCGAUCUGAUCAUAAAUUGUGUCCACAAGACUUGGAAAUUCGACCUGAUCCCGAAUUGCGUCCAGAAGAGUUGGAAAUUCGAUCUGAUCAUGUUAGGUUCGACAAAAUUCAUCGCCUGAAAUUUCUUGAAUUCAAUUAUUCUCAUGAUGAGGAAAUUCAUCGCCUCAAUCUUAAUGACUGUCAGUAUGAUGACAAUUUUUUGGUGCAGAACAAUGAAAGUGAGGAAAAUAUUUUUCCUAGCUUUGAUAUUUUUUGGACAGGAAUUAAGUCUCUCGUCGCUGAUAAAAUUCAUCAUGGCUUAGAGGGGGUCAUAGAAGAGAUUAAGGUUAUUAAGGAAAAAGUGAUGAGGAUUUACGAGAAGAAGAUGUACGUCUUUGGAGCCUUUCAAAUUGAGAAGUCUUCUCGUCGACGUCCAGUAAGAGCCACCAGCCACACAGUGGAGAGAGAAAUCGUAGUUGGAUUGGAGGACGAAACAACCGCGAUCAUUAAUUUGCUUACUGAAGGGCAUGAAAAGCAGUUAAAGGUUAUUCCAAUCGUCGGGAUGCCUGGACUCGGUAAGACAACUCUAGCCACAAGACUGUACAAUGAUUCUCUCAUAGUCUAUCACUUUUAUGUUCGUGCAUGGACUUCUGUGUCUCAAGUAUACCAUAAGAGAGAUUUGUUGCUUAACAUUUUAAAUUCUGCAAACAUUCAUCUUGCUUGUGACAAAUUAGGCGAUGAAAAAUUAGGUGAAGCGUUGUACAGACACCUAAAGGGUAAUAGAUAUCUCAUUGUCAUGGAUGACAUUUGGAAUAUCAGUGCUUGGAAUGAUUUAAAAAGAUACUUGCCAAAUGACAACAAUGGUAGUAGAAUUAUUUUCACUACUCGGCUUGGAGAUGUGGCCGUGUCUUUGCAUGCUAAACCUCACCAUUUGCGGUUUCUAAAUGAAGAUGAAAGUUGGGAUCUACUACGACAGAAGACAUUUCUGGAUGAAGAUUGUCCUCCAGAUUUGACAGAAAUAGGAAGAAGAAUUGCAAAAAAAUGCGGAGGACUGCCACUUGCAAUUGUUGUUGUAUCAGGAGUACUUCUCGCAAAGAAUAACAAGACGCAAGACUGGUGGAGGCAUAUUGCUGAAAGUUUAAGUUCAUAUAUUGUUAGUGACCCGAAACGAUACAUGGACACAUUAGCAUUGAGUUACAACUACUUGCCUAAUCACUUGAAAUCAUGCUUCCUCUAUUUCGGAGCAUUCCCGGAAGAUUAUGAAAUCCCAGCGUGGCAGUUGAUAUGGUUAUGGAUUGGCGAGGGACUUAUAAGGCAAAAUGAGUCAAAAGGCUUGGAGGAUGUGGCAGAGGAUAACUUGAUGGAUUUAGUUGGCAGAAGUCUAGUAGUUGUCUCCAAGAAAAGAUCUGAUGGAAGAAUCAAAUCAUGUCGUAUCCAUGAUCUCUUGCGUGAUUUUUGCUUGACAAAAGCGCAGGAAGAGAAUUUUCUCCACCAGAUUUUCAGGUAUAAACAAACUUCUUCUUCAAGUCUUGACACAAAUAAGCUACUGCGCUUAUGUACCAAUUCUCACCUUGAUGAUUAUAUUGGUAUAAAGCAUCAUGCUCUAUACGUUAGGUCUUUCUUGUUCCUCGACCGUUCAUUUCAUGACUUCUCUAAGAAGAUGGAUGUGUCAUUUAUUUGUCGAAACUUAAAACUUCUUCGGGUUUUGAAUUUAUCAUCCUUCAGUGUCCACUACUUUCCUAGAGAAAUACAAUUGCUAAUUCACUUGAGAUAUUUGGCACUUCACUAUGCUAGCCAUGGAAAUUUCAAUUCAUCUAUAUCCAACCUCUGGAACCUAGAAACUUAUAUUGUUGGGGGAUCUGGAGGUCAUGUCUCUUUACCAGAUAAUAUGUGGAAGACGGUGAAGUUGAGGCAUUUGUAUACUAAGCAUCUUUUUAAACUCCCUCAGGCAAUCAAUCUCCACUCUCACUCGGCAUUAUAUAACCUACAAACCAUAGGCAACUUAGAUCUUAGAUCUAGAAACAAACUAGUCUUGGCAUUGAUGCCCAAUCUUAGAAAAGUGAAGUGUGUGUCUGAUGAUUUUCCUAAAUUGGACUUCCUAAUUAAUCUUGAAGCAUUGCAAGUUAGUUACAAUGGGGUCAAAAGAAAUGGAAAGCUUCCUCAAACAAGUUGGUUCCCCCCCAAUCUUAAGAACCUGACUUUGUCAUCCUUUCGUUUACCUUGGGAGGAAGUAUGGACCCUUACAAGGUUACCCAACCUUGAGGUUCUCAAAUUAUCACAUGAGGCCUUCGAAGGAUCAACGUGGGAUUCAAAUGAUAGUGAGUUUCGCACAUUAAGAUUUCUGAAAUUACGGGGCCUGGACAUUGAGCAGUGGAACGCCUGCAGUAAUCACUUUCCCCAACUUCAGCGGUUGGUGUUGGAUUGUUGUAAACAACUCAAAGAGAUCCCUAGUGGUUUAGGGGAUGUACCUACAUUGGAGAUGAUUCAGCUGCAAUAUUGUAGCAGCUCUGCUGAAACCUCUGCCAGACAAAUUCAAGAAGAACAAGAGAGUUUGGGCAAUGACGGGCUUAAGAUCUUUGUUCAGAGUUGGCGCCAGCCGCGCCACAACUAGAUGAUCUUUAAUUUGAGGAUGAGGUACUUGAUGAGGCAUGUGGCAGAGGCAUGUGCAAGCUAAGUUGUCAUUUUUAUAUAUUUUUUAAUAGUUUAUAUUUUACUUGCAGUAAGAAUUGUUUUGUAGUAGUUAUGGAGCUGGAUUUUAUGUUUUUGAUAGUAUGGAUGAUGUUGACUAGUUAUUAUGGAUUUAAUUGUAGACUUUAUUUAAUAGAAUUUACCUAUUAUUUGGGGCCUUGGUAGUAAAUGCAACGGAUGUGGUUAUUUGAUUA